CGUAGCGGUUGCCGCAGCAACCGAGUUGGCGUCACCACUGUGGACUUUCAGAUUCAUGACUUCGCAUUUCUUCUCGAGGUCUCUCCUGCCCGAAAACACGUCCACGACUGAGACAUGACGACAUGUUUAUGAGGAAGACUUCCCCUUACGCUUCUUUCCGUUUGUCGGGGUUGUGUAUGGUGGAGCUGCCGCGGAGCUGGACCUGAGAAGGGAGGACGUCGCUGUGUCCGUGCGGUUGUUCUCCAACGUCGGCCAACAUGUCUGAGGAUGACAGUGAGUGGAUUAUAGAGAGCAUCGUUGGCUACCUUGGGAGUCCCGAAUGGGUUAUCCCCGUCACGGACUUCAUGGAAAACAAAUGCACAGUUUUUGAUGACGAAGAUGAAAACAAGCUAUCAUACACAGAAAUCCAUCAGCAGUACAAGAAACUGGCGGAGAAGCUGCUGGAGAAUUACAUGCAGGAGGUUGGCAUCAACGAGCAGCAGUUCCUGGAUGCAUGCACCUCUCCCUUUGCCAAGUCCCAAUCUUUGCAGCCCAUGUUCCAGCCAGUUCUGGCCACAGAUGACUUCCAGAUGUUUCGCUCACUGAUGGUUCAGAAGAACAUGGAGCUGCAGCUUCAAGCCCUCAGAGUCAUUAAAGAAAAAAAUGGGGCCCUCCCAGAGUGUCUGACCGAUGGGGUUGAUGUGAUGACAGAGUUGCAGCAGCAAGAGAUGAAAAUCCUUGAGGAAGUUCUAAAAAAGUCAAAGGAAGAGUAUGAUGAAGAGAUGUCCAGGAGGCUGCUAACAGAGAAGAAGAUUGGUUCCACUUCCACCAGCUCCUCUGAUAAGCCAAAUACAGAAGGUGUUGAAGCUCAGGAGGCCACAAUAAUUUCACUUACACAGAGCAACACGUCCAAACCCACAUCAGACUGUGGCGGGUCCAGCAUCCAGUCCAGAAUCCUUCCAGCCGUAAGAGCUCCAACAAAAUCCAGUGAGUCCUCCGAUGCAAACAGCCGUCAAACAGAGGAGCGGAGCAGCAGCAGGGAGGCUGCAGCUGAGGCCUAUCUGGAGGAGGCACACAGGGAAGCUGGUUUCUCUAAGCCAUACACUGAGCUGUCACCAUCACAGCAGGAGCAGCUCCAGCAGAGGGCAGUGUAUCUGCGUCAGCAGCGAGACAAGCUGCACGCGCUGAAAAAAGAGCAGCAGAAAACCAGACAGCCAGCCGUGCCAGAGGAGCCAUCUGCCAGUCCCAUUCCAGCACCCUCCACCAACUCCGAGGCAGUGGGACAGCCCCAGAUGAACGGGGCCAGCUCCCCUCCUCCUGCUCCCACCUCUCUAUCACAACACUCUGCUAACUCCACCAAACAGAAGGAGAUAUCUGCUGAGGAAAAGAAGAAGCUCCAGAAGAGGAAACAUCUGGCUGACAAGCUGAAGGAGGAAGUCAUCAAGAAAUAACUUUCGCUCUGCGCACAAUUUGUCCUCUAGUCUCUUCUCUCAGCUCUUGAACACAUGGCAUGCUUUCUUUUUUAAUUUACUUUAUAUAUCACCUGAUGUUUUUUUUUUUUUUUUUCUUAAGAACAAAAAGUAGGACAUCGACUUUUCUUUCUGCUGCGGCUAAAAUGAUGGAUAUACUACCCUCAACUUUAAGAUCCUCUUUUGUUUGAAGAACUUUAGAGACAUCAAGCUAAUUAAACAGCAAAGGCAGCAGAAUGACCAAAAUCACUACGUUGUUCCAAGUGUACCGCGAACAUUUUGUCGGCAUGUUGGAAUUUCUAAAUUUUGAAGAUAUUUAUGUUGAUUUCUCCAAAAUUCAUGAAAUGCAAUGGAAUAUGUGUUCAUAGUUUGAAGUAGCUUGUAAGAAUCUCCAGAGCAGCAACAAUUAAGUCAGUGUUUUGAGUUGAAUAGUGUUCUGGUUUAAAUUUCCUGGAACUCAAACCGUUUAAGAUACAUGCUUGAAAAUGUCAACUUAUGUUCAAUAUUCAAGAGUUUUCACUCAAAAUGUCACUAUACAGCAGAGGAUCACUGAAGUUAUUUCAAUGAUUUAAUUCAAAAAGUGAACCUAAGUUUCAUGAGUGAAUUUAAAAAAAAAAGUUCAUUCGGAAAUGCGAGCGUACUGAAAGUACGGCCCUGCGCUGCAGAGUAUAUGUGCUCAGUCAGUUCAUUAUAGAUGAAUCACUGCAUCAGUAAAUCUGAGUUUAACUUUUUCAAUCCAAUUACUGAAAUAAAUUCCUUCUUUGUGAUGCUAAUCACACCGAUUCCCUCACCAAAGGGAAACUUUUUCUUUUCACGCAGCCGAUCUUUAUGUUAGUAAAGAGAUGAACACUAAUCACAUAUUCCUAAAGGGGCCAACAAGGCCGUGUGUUGCGUCCCACGAGUGCAGUAUUUAUCUUCAAUGCAAUCAGUUUUCACUUUAAGCAUAUAUGAUGCACCAGCUUCUAUGUAUGUAUGUGUUAUUUAAGCUGUUUUAAUAAAUCACAUUUUGUAGAAACUUGA